AUGGCCUCAAAGGAAAAUUCCAACCUGCAUAGAGAGGUUUCGCCAGUUAGACCACUACAACUUCGCAAACAGCCAAGUCAACGAGAUGACCCAUGUGAGCGGCAUAUAGCAUACCAGGCUCGAACAGGCGCACGUUUUUCUCAACCACACCAAAAAGACCGCGAGGAUCUCGAAAACAUGGCUGAAUAUACUCCUGCUCUUGCAAAUAACGCGUAUUCUGCACUCGGCGAUUGUGUACAGACAUACUUCAGUGGUAUUGUCGCCAAAGAUUCUCCCAAGCCCGAAGGCAGCGCAUCCACUUAUUCAGUUUCGAGCGACAAGGCAAGAGACCGCUCCGAUUCCUCUUCAGCCAUCAUGGGAGACUUUGUACCUGUUGAGUCCCAAGCUUGGACUUUAUCUUUGAGACCAAAGAAGGUCAUCGCACCACCUGAACCGUAAGUUGGCGACGCGUUUUCGACUUUCAAACAAACAUUCCUGUCAAGAUACUGACCAUGAAACCGAUCCAGAUCCAACCAAGUCGCAGUCCAUAUCAACCCAUACGAGUUCGAUCCUGCUUCUCCUCUUAUUCGUGAAUCUCGUCAAACUCGAAUUACCGACUUCAUCCAGAGACCUGGAAGCUCACCAGCCUCGUACUCCACUCCACGAAUGGGCCAUUUCAAGAACUCUCACUCCCAGGAAGAGAAGAAGACAACGAGACCUCGACCAAGCCCACUCAACGCAGAAGAUAUCACAGGUUAUGAACUUCAACGAUGUCCUUCCACCCCCGAACUAUCUUCCAUGGACUGGGCGGUAGAACAGCCAUCACCAGCACUGCAGCGUAAGGCAGCAGAGUAUAGAGCCUUGGUAACACCAAUUGAAAGUUCUCCCGUCCGCAGUACCUACGGAGAGUAUGGAACUGUCUGGCCACCUGCACUUGAACAACUUCACAGAGGUGAACCUGUAGCUGGGCCAUCAGCAGCUCGCAGCAGUAACCGCAAAGUUGAAGGCAAACGUAGGACUGCGUCACCACAGCGCAAUGAUCGUUCACAUGGAGAGUGCAAAUCCACGUCGCCAGUCCGCCGCAAUACAAAUGAAGACACCGUUCAUCGUGAUCGCCAACAAUCCAAUGGACGCGCAUCGCCACGACACUUUCAUCAAAACCAUUACAAUAGCCAGAGCACGCCUACAAGAGGUCGUAGAGAUAUACUUUAUGAAUCUCAAGCAACCACCUUACAAGGCUAUACGCGCGCGUACUUACCAACUGGCACAAAAGCUCACUCUCAGGUCCAACAAGUAUCGCCCAUAUCAUCUCCGUAUGACCGUCACCAAACCAGCUCACCCAACAAAUCUCCUGAGACUGUAUAUGAGAGAGACGAGGCAAAUGGUAGAUAUGCCAGAAAAGAGACCGAUUCCCUUAUCAGAAGCCCAAGUCCUGAUCGUAGUCCAAAAAAGAGAUCUCGCUCCCCAAUGAAGAAGUUGUUUGGCGAGAAGGGCUUUUUUGGAGUCACACCGGAAGAAGCGACCAACGUCAAGCAAAGUCCCAAGAAACUCUCGAGUAAUCGAAGCGUCAGCAGGUCCUCAGAUAGUCGAAAGAAACCUGGCAUGAUGGACAAACUCAAGAGCAAGCUUGGAGAAAUCGUGAGUUGUGCUGAUUCCUUCCAAGAGAUACCAUGCUGAUUUGUUUAGGCUGAGAAAGCAGACAUGACUCCCAAGAGGGUUCCCCGAAAUAUCCACGACAAGAACUAUCAUCCUUCCAUUUCUCUUCCACCCGCUGAGCAAGCAAGAAUCCUGAUGGAGCUUGAACUCAUGAUUGUCCAUACGGCCAACAAGUUCCUCAUGAUCCAAUUUGGUCAAGGUCGAUUGACGGUGGAUUCCAUCAAGAAAACAGUCGAUGGAUGGGAGGCUAAAGGUCGGCCAAAAGUCAUCGAGUUCAUGUACGACCAAGCCACACAACGAAGCCUCGUCACUGCCAAUCUACAAGAAAUCCGAUUUUAUGGCGAACGUGCUUGUAACCAACUCAGCAUCAGCGCCAUGCUAUACGCAUGGAAGGGUGUCGCGACUAAGAUGGCCAUUCGUACAUUUUGCGAUGCAGAUACUGUACUGAAGAAGCUCAUUUUUGAUAUUGAGCAGAUUCUUGAGCUUCUUGGAGCGGUGGAUUCUAUCAUGAUUCGAAUUCAACAGCUGAGAGAGAAGAUCAACCUUUUGAUUCGUGUUGCGAGAGAGUCGACCAAUAGUGGCGCGACUAGCCAAGGUUUUACAAGCAGUGAAGGCCGUAGUCACCCCUCUUAUGACAGUCGUCGAUCUGGAGAGAAGUCUUUGGAUGAUCCUUAUGGAGGUUUGAAGUUGGUUCCGGAUCACUACAGAGAGGAUUAA